UCUUGUUCGAUUUUGUUUCAAUGAAUGAACUGUGUCAUUAUUUUUAUUCUCAAUUAAAUCAUUUUAAAUUUGAAUUUGAAUUUAUAUUUGCAAACAAUUUUUCCUUCCUGAAUGGAAACAUUGAGAGGAAUAAUACCAACAAUACCGACAGAAACUGUUGAAUUUAUUAAAACUGUACCACAAAAAUGGAAAUGUGAUAAAUGUGGUGUUAUUACCGGAACAUUAUGGCGUUCAAGCCCGGUAAUAACUAAUGGUCAUCAUCGAUUAUUAAAUGGUUCAAAUAUUAAUGGUGGUUUAUUAACACCAUCACCAUCACCAUUAUCAACAAAUUGUGUUCAUCGUUUUUGUGGACAAUGUUUGGAUACUAUAUUUAUUGGUAUUCAAACUGUUGGAAAAUGUCCAUUAGAUUCAAUGACAAUCUAUAAGAAACAGAUGAUUGAAAGUAUCACCAAUAUUGAUAGUAUUCUUUCACAAGAAGUAUAUUGUACACAUAAAGGAAGAGGAUGUCGAAAGACAUUACUUUUAUCAGAAUUAGAGAAUCAUCUUAAAUCAUGUCUUUAUGGCCUUGUACAUUGUCCAUUAAAAUGUGGUCAAGGUGUUACAAUAAAAUCAUUACCAAUUCAUAUGGCAACCGAAUGUCCAAGACGUGCUGUAUCAUGUAUUUAUUGUGAAGAAGAUAUUGUUUUAGAAUCAAAAAAUGAACAUGAAAAUCAAUGUCCUAAAAAGCCAGUAAUUUGUAGUUAUUGUAAAAAUAAAUCAUUAUUACGUGCAGAUUUAAAAGAUCAUCUUGAAAAAUGUGAAUUAAAACCACGUAAUUGUCGUCUGAUUCCGUUGGGAUGUAAAUUUUCGGGAACACAAACAGAAGUUGAACGUCAUGAAAAAGAUUGGACAGCUCAUAUGGAUAUAUUUGUUAAACAUAUACUUCAAACCGGUACGAUAACACAGGAUAAACCGCCAAGAAAUCGAUUAGCGGAUGUUGUAAAUAUUGUUAAAAAUUUAAAUGCUGAAAAUGCCGAAUUAAUGGAUCGUGUUAAUGAACUUUCAUUAAAAGUUGAACAUUUAGAAGAAACUAAUCGACGAUUAAAUGAUCGAUUAAUUAAAUUUGAAACAAUACAAAAAGCAGAUAUGGCAUCCAUUCGAACUGUGAUCGAAUUGAUGAGAAAAGAACUUGAGAAUUUUAAAAUUGAUUAUAGCCGAACAAGAGAAGACGAUGAAGAAUCAGAAGUUUGAUAUCGAUAGAAUAAUCCAGCUAUAUUGAUAUUUGCAGCAUUUUAUAUCUAGUCAUUUCAAAUACACAAUACAUUUUUUUCAAUUACCAAAAAAAAA